AUGGAAGAAAAGCGUUCAAAAAAUCAGUUUGCGUUCAAUGUGUUUGCUGAAACAGACUCUAAGGAACACUUUCCUACCACGAUGGAAGUGGAAACCCAUCUAAAACUAUUGAAAAGUUUUGAAGUUCUUCGAAAAACCGCCGUUCCAAAUUAUACCGAUCCUGAGUCUUCGGGUCCUAAAGACUGGCAGGUUUUUGUCACCAACUCGGUGCGUCGCUUCAUCACAUAUGUGAGCGCGUUAAAGGUAUACAUGUACAAAGGGGAUGGUCCAGAAGUGUUUCCCUUAGACGAGGCGUCCAUGUGGGUCAAAGAGUCUACCAAAAAUCAACGCCAUAUUAACAUCAUGGCAAGUCAUUUGCCACCGUUGGACGUUCUUAUGGUGUGGCACGCCUUUGCGCUUAAUCCAAAGGCUUUUUAUGAUACGUUUGUCAGGAACAAUUUCUUGUCGUUCGUCUUCAUUCCUUUCCCAUUGGACCGUAUAAGUCAAGCAAUCGAUGCUAAUUUUACUUAUAAGCCCAACGAGCCACUCGUGGAUGAAUACCAUAAGAUUUUGAAGGCAUAUGGCGUGACUAUGGACUACUACUUUAAAGGUCAAUUCAAUCCUGCCGUCCAUAAAGUGCCGGUGAUGUGCCCCGUGUGUCAUAAAGUGAUUUCACAAAAUGUUGACCUCACCAACUUUGCCAAUACAGGGUUUGCAGACGAGAACUUUGAGAUUUUGGGGGUUCCUCUGUGCUGCUCUUUCACUUCUCGCAUUGACCAUCAGCAGUUACGGCGACGUCAAUUGUACGCUGAUUUGAAAGAUCACAGACCUUUGCCUUAUUUGACAAAACACUUUUCUUCCGUUUUGAGUCCCCUGAGUAAGACAGAUCCCGCUGCAAUGGAUGAACGGAUCAAGUUGGAAGCCGAGCCUAUGUUAUUAGGGCUUCAAUUUUCAGACUUAGAUCUGUUUCUCACCAAUUACGAACGUCGACCCCGAGAAAAGAGACGUCUCCAAAUCAUUGGCAGAAACUAUUUCCAGUCGAACCUUAUACACCUCACCAUUCCUCGUUCAGAUGUCAUCCAGGUUCAUGAAGAUUUGGUUGGUUGUGUUAUGCGCCAGGGUCGGUUUGUGGACAAGAUGAAUGCUUUUGACUGGAUAAACUCACCAGUGAAACAAGAAGGCAUUGCUGAAUCAGUUCUCAGAUACUCGCGGUUUCUCAGUCUUCUUUUAAAGUAUGGACCUGCUUAUAUGCUUGUGCCCACUCUCGAUAUUGAUCUUAUAUGGCACACCCAUCAAUUGUCCAUCUACUUUUAUUUCCAGUGGUGCUUGAUAAAGGGCAAAUGGGGUAUGGUGUUUGAUCACGACGAUAAAGUGGACGAGAACCGGUUGGAUCUGUCUUUUGAAAGAACUGCCAAAUUGUACCGUUCCGCUUUCAAACAAGAAUACUCGAUUUGUUAUUGUUGGUAUUGCAUUUGUGUUCGAAACAAUUCCCAAUCCAAACUCAAAGCCAUAUUCAAAUCGAAAAAGAAGCUCGAAGAAAACGAAGAUGUCAUGAAAAAAAGUCCUCUUUAUGGACCCGAGUCCAACUUGACCCAUAUAAGUACCCAUAAUGCUGUUACUGUGCCGCUGAAACGUGCCGAACUACAACGUCUCAGCGUUGAGAGAAAGUAUAAAGACCGUUACAUGCCAUGGUCUGUUGACCCAGGGUACGGCUACUAUUAUAGUCCUGGCUUAUUUGCGGUAGCACCAUUAGCACCAUUUGCACUUGCUGCUGGCGGAGCUGCGUACUUUGGAUCUGGAACAUGUUGCAGUGGAGUCGGUGGUUGUGGAGCCACAGCCUGUGGUAGUGGUUCUGGCUGUGGAAGUGGAGGCUGUGGGAGUGGAGGAAGUGGUGGUUGUGGAGGAGGUGGUGGUUGUGGUGGAGGAGGUGGUUGCGGAGGAGGAGGAGGCGGAGGAUGUGGGGGUGGUGGAAGUUAA